AUGUCCGCUCUCUAUAAGAAGACGGAUGAGUACCAGCAGUACCUAGACCUAGGUCCAGAGAAGCUUGCCCUGCCCGCAUAUACCAACGAUGAAAAUGGAAACAUCAUCCUGUAUGCAGGAGAGGUAUUCUGUCGCGCUCAAAACUGCCCGAAGGCAAAAGAGGCAUACUCAUCUCUAAAUAACCUCAAGAAGCACAUUCAGAACACGCAUGAUGAUCUCACGGUUAAGGCGUCUGGCGGUGGUCCCCCCAAGCUCAAGGCGCAGCAGGCGGCCAUUGACUGGUACAAGAAGUUGGUUGACGACUACCUCCACAAGGAGGAUGAACCCGAGCUCCCUCCCCUCCCCAAGAAGAAGGAUGGAACUGUCAAUAUCACUGAGAUGAAGAAACAGGUGCGGAGCUUUGGGGUGUCAGUCCCUUGUGAUGAGUGCAAGGCCAAGAAAAUGAACAAAAUUACUAGAAUGCUGUUCAGAGGGAGCUCGUGCCUGGUGUGGCUGUUUCGACCUCUUCGCCAAGAAGCAGAGGAGGAGAGUGAGAGUGAAGAGAGCGAGCUUACUGAGGAGGAACAUGAGGAAGAUUAA